CUGCCCCAGGACAGAGUGACCAUUCUUGUCCCUUUUGUUUCCCUUCUUCAGCCACCUGUGUGCCCCCCAGCCCCAAAACCUCCAGUGCAAAAUCCUCUUACUGCAGCUCCCUUGAUCCGCUCCAUGUGUGUGGCUCGUUAGGAAUAACGAGUCCCCCAGCGUCGUUCUGGGACGUGCAGCAAGCCCCACACCAGCUCUCACGUAGCAUCCUGCAGUAAUGGCAGCCCAAUGCACGGGGGGUGAGAAGACUUUCCACAUCGUGUCCCCGCUCCUGGAGAGCCUGCCCCUGUCCCGGGCAGCAGGGACCCAGGUCUACAUGAAGCUGGAGAACGUGCAGCCCACUGGCUCCUUCAAGAUCCGGGGCGUCGGGCACCUCUGCCAGGAGGUGGGUGUGCUACAUGGCUGUGUGGCCUCGGGACACUGUGGAUUCCUAUGGCCGUGUCCUUCCUCUGUCUCCUUCCCUCUCCACAGAUUGCCAGGAAGGGCUGCCGGCACUUUGUUUGCUCCUCAGGGGGGAAUGCUGGCAUGGCUGCAGCAUAUGCGGCCAGGAAGCUGGGGCUGCCGAUCACUGUGGUGGUGCCCAGCAGCACCGGCUCCAGCACUGUGCGCAGGCUGGAGGAGCUGGGGGCAACGGUGGAGACCUAUGGGAAGGCAGGGCCAUGCCAGCCUGGUCCUGGAGCUGAAGGACGUGCUGGAUGCAAAACCUGACGCCAUCCUGCUGGCAGUGGGAGGUGGAGGGCUGCUGGCUGGCGUGGUGGCUGGGCUGCAGCAGGUGGGAUGGCUUGAUGUCCCCAUCAUUGCCGCGGAGACCUGGGGGGCCCACAGCUUCCACGUGGCACUGAAGGCUGGGCACCUCGUUACCCUGCCUGACAUCACCAGUGUGGCCAAGUGCCUGGGGGCCAAGACUGUGUCAGCACGGGCGCUGCAGUGUGCCCAGGAGAUCCAGGUCAUUUCAGAGGUGGUGGAAGAUGCCGAGGCCGUGCGCGCUGUGGAAAGGUUCCUGGACGACGAGCGGAUGCUGGUGCAGCCAGCUUGUGGUGCAGCACUGGCCCUGCUCUAUUCGGGGCGACUGCAGCAGCUGCAGCGUGAGGGACGCCUGGGGACUCCGCUGGGCAGCGUGGUGCUGGUGAUCUGCGGCGGCAGCAGCAUGACGGCUGCGCUGCUGCGGGACCUGAAGAACCAGCUGGGCCUGGAGUGACCCUUGUGCCACUGCACGGCCACCCCGUGGCCCCCUGUGCUGCAGUGAUGGCUGCUGGACGUGCACCGCGCCCAUCACUGUGCAGCAUGUGGAAACUGAGGCACGGCGGCGUUCCUCCCUCUGCCCUGGGGACGGCCGCGUCCCUUGAGCUGCUGUGGCUGGCACAGACCACGGUUCCCCACUCCAAUUAGUGAAUGCUCCCUCUGACUGACUACUUUGCUAUUAUCUCAAUGUGUUAUUAUUCUAAUGAUUAUUAAUUUUUACAAUCUUCUGUUCCUGCUGCACUGUCCGCAGCCAGGUGGCUCCUUGGCAGGGCUGUAGGGCCUUGCUCUUGCUGGUGCUCCCAGCUCUGACUGGUGCCCAGUUAACACCACUGCUCCAACUCACUUCAGUUGAUCUAUUUCACUCCAGUGUCCAUUCUGCCCUUUCCUGCCGUAAAACUCCUCUCAGCCUCCUCCUGCCCCUCCAGAGAGUUAACAAGUCUCCCCUUGCCCAGCCGCCUCCCAGAAGCCUCCUCCUCCCCAUCUUCUUUUUUCCCUUUUCCCCAAUAAAUCCCCUCAGCCUGGCCAGCCCACACCAUGCUUCCCAGAGGACCCACCCCAUAAAUCAAAUACCCACUGCUCCACUGUGGGCAAUAUCUUAUGUAAAAACGUGUUUCUAGGGAGUGCUGGAGGCUGGAGAGUCUUAUUACAAGGCACACAAUUAAUUAUAAGGAGUCAGACCAACCUCCUCCCACAGUUUUUUAUCCUGGGUCCAGAACCCGAUUACUUUCCAGCUUCUGCACCCCGACCUUCUCACACGGAGCCCCCACUUCCAACCACUGCCAACCUCCUCCCUGCAGCCUGGGGUAGGUGCUGUGGGUUGGUGCACCCUGCAACCAGCAGGACAGUAGUAACACAGUGUUCGUAACAAUAGCAGCCAGCGCGUGCCCUUGUGCUCUGUUUUGCAGCCCUCCUAAUGACAGUGGCAGGGGGGUCUGCUGGCCCUCAAACUGCCCAUACACAUCCUAUUGCUCUGGGGUCCCAGCGGGUCUGUGCCUCAGUUUCCCUCAUGCUGAGUCCUUCGGGUGCCCCCCGCUUGGCUGCGGCCCCUCAUUACCACUCAUCAUGGCACAGGAAGGAUAAAUUCCUCCGCUUGGCUGAACAGGGAAAAUACGCAGCGAGGUGGCUGCCUGUCAUCCAUCACCAGCUCUUGGCGGCACCACCACGCCGGGACUUAAAAUUCAGGUCAGAGAGAGGGGCUCUUGGAAGCCAGCGAGGGAAGGUAAUUUAUUCUGUUUAUACCUUUUUACUACAAGACAAGGCGGAGGUUGGGGGGGAUACACUCUUGCCUUGAUUUUGCAUUUUAAAUAUUAGCUGGGCGCCGCUCAUCGCUCAAACCCCGCAAUGAAAGGGACCAGGUGCCGGAGCAGGUAACUAAAAUGAUUUUUAUUCACAUCGAACAACACGAGCUGGUCACAUUGACAGCCUCUGCAAGAGGCAGUGGGGACAGGAAACCCACGCUCAGAACACAACUUUUUUCUUCCUUUUCCAUUCUCUUUUUCCCUUUCCCCCCCCCACCCUGCUCUAUCCUCUCUCCUUCCACUCACCACCGCCCUUUCCCAGCCUCCAAAAUAGAAAAAAAACUCAGAGCUUCCAAUGACUAAAAGUACAAUAAAUAAUCAGUAAACACAAAAA